AUGAUUAAGAGGUGCAGGCUUUUGUCGAUACCUAGCAACCGCCAUGACCACGAGAGGGUCAUGAAAGAGUACCAAGCUUUGAAAGUGGAGAUCAAGGCCAGGGCACUCAAGGACGAGUGGGACUUACUGAUAAUGGAUAACAACGUUUGCAUUUCAACUGGUAUUGUCCAACUCCAGUAUGCUCUGCAAAAACUCUUCCGCGUUCGGGAUGGGAUGUCACGCCCCGGACUCGGGGGUGGGUGGAAACCCCGCGCCCGGUGCGUGAGAAAAUAA